AUGAAUAUGCAAUAUAACCCAAACAACAUAAAUAAAAUAAUGGAAAAAGCUUUUCACCUCUUUCGUCAACUUGCCAAAAACCUCCAGUUCCUCGGAGUCGGAAUUUCAACGCUUUCCAUCUCAGGUUUCUUUUAUCGUUAUGCUCAUGAGUACAGAAUGACGUAUAUCACAGCCCAGCAACAUUUCACACUUCCUAGCAUCCUUAUCACAAUCUUUCCAAUUAUUUUUUCAAUGGUUGGCGCCUUAUUUUCUGAAAAUGCACAAUUUUACUACGGGAUUGCAACAAUAUCGUCAAUAUUAAGCGUAUUUUAUCCAUUACUCUUACAUUCAAAGAUUGUUGCACUUGGAUCAUUAUUCCCACUUAGUUUACUCGGCUCUUGCUUAAUUAUUGAUUUCCCUAUCACCAUCACUAUUUUAUAUGUUUUGGCCAUGAUUUCUUUAGUGUACUUCCAAUUUGAUCACGAAUCAGAAAAAGUAAUCAAGAUUUACCAAUAUGUUGCAUGUUUCUUAUUGCUCGAUUUAAUCGGAAUUCCUAUCGAAAACGAAUUACAUGAUAACCUCAAAGAUCCAGAAAUACUUUGCACUUACAGUGGAUUUAUUGGAGCUUUCAUCGGAUUUUUGAUGGAAAAAAUCUUAUAA